AACACCUGGUUUUCUCAUAUAAGCUCUUAAACUAACGGACACUAUUGUAAGUGCUAUAUUAACGUUUGACAUAUCUCCGGUCAAGUAAUCUUCUUUAAACAUCUACCGGUUUGUACUCUAAACUCUAGAGAAAUUUCUGAUGGCGGUAAUUUCUGGCCGCGAAACAUCAGUGGUCACGAUAUCUGUAUUCUAGCCAUUAAUUCUGUCUUCAGUUCCAAAACGGCCGAUUCAAGGUGAACAUUGAAAACGGGUAAAAAUACCUUGAAUGCCAACAAGCUGUCACUUUCGACAAAUAAGGAUACACUGAAAUGGCUUCUUCGCCGCUAUAGAUGCAUCGGAAUGGCUUCCCAUUCUGUUCAAGUAUGGCGACUCCAUAAAAACCUAUUUUCAAGUGUCCUCUGACUCUGCAGGUUAGUUUCGUCGAAGACGCGAUAUUACCGUCAGUUACGUUAUUCCACCCGUAGAACAAACGUAACAGGAUUUCUUUGGUACUAAUCGAACGAUAAGAUAAAUAUAUACUCUAAUCAGCCACCCAUGUUUAAGGGAAUUAGUGUAUCCACGCCAUCUCAUUUUCGCAAGCAGCAUUAUAUAACCAAUCGGGAACUCACUUAUUCCCGACGUAUUCCGGCCUACAAGAGCCCGCGAAUAAUUCUUAACGUCAGCGGUAUGCGAUAUGAAACUUACGAAGAAACCCUCUCAAAUUAUCCAGACACGUUGUUGGGUUCGCCGUUGAAGAGGAAAGAGUACUAUAACUCAACUACGGACGAGUAUUACCUCCAAAGAGACAAAUACAGCUUCAAUGCUAUCUUGUUCUUCUAUCAAUCAAGAGGAAUACUUUCGAAGCCCGAUGACAUUAGCGACAAGACCUUUGAAAAGGAGUUGGAAUUUUACGGAAUCGAGAAAUCAAGAUACGACAGUUAUUCGUCGAUAGAAGAAGAAACAGAAAAGCAGAAAGAUAUUGAACAACUACCCGAAAAUCCAAUCAAGAGAAAACUAUGGCUUUGUUUCGAGUAUCCACGUUCAUCGACCGUUGCUAGGAUACUAGCGUUUUGGUCAAUCAUCAUAAUAUGCGGGUCAACUGUAUCUUUCUGCAUCGAGACUCUCCCACCAUUAAAGAUUCAAAAGGAAUUCAGUGUAACGGAAUACGUAACGACAGUGAAAAACGUCACCAUUCAAGUGGCGUCACGGGCUUUUUUACCUCUUAUAAGUCCACAGUCUACAAGGAACAUCACAGUGACUAAGAAUGUUACAACCUCAAGUCAUCGUGUUUACAAGGCCGACUUAAUUGACUAUUGGUUCAUUAUAGAAGCCUUUUGCGUGUCAUGGUUUACAGUUGAAUAUUUAGUACGCAUCUACUCGGCUCCUUCGCUUCGUCGCUUCCUGAUAUCACCGAUGGGGAUCCUAGACAUCAUCGCUAUAUUACCUUUCUAUAUUACACUGGCUGUCAAAGACACUACCUUUGAGGUCCAAUCAUUUACCGUUCUUCGUGCGUUACGUCUUUUCCGUGUCUUACGCAUCUUUAAGCUCUCGCGUUACAGCAGUGCCUUGGGGCUUCUCGUCAAAACUCUCUCCUCCAGCAGUGAGCAGUUGAAAUCCCUCUGUUUUUGUGCUUUUAUUGGAAUGUUAUUAUUUUCAAGCGCCAUAUAUUUCGCCGAGAACAACAAGACUACAUAUCCCAGCAUACCUCACUCGUUUUGGUGGACAAUAAUCACUAUGACAUCAGUUGGCUACGGCGACGUAGUUCCUACCACUUUAGCUGGGAAGCUGGUUGGUAGUUUUUGUGCUAUGAGCGGCAUUAUCUUGUUCUGUCUACCCACACCAGUGUUAGUCUCCAACUUUGUCAAAUUUUACUUGGAUUAUGGGAGCAUGGACGAACGAAAGAAACAAUUUGCUGAGAACUUGAAGGCAAUAUUCCUUCGCAAUGCGAAAGGAUGAGUGGUUCUAUCCACUUACCACUAGCAUGCUGGCCUUUCCGAGGUUACGCACGAAGAAAACUCGUUGCCAGUUUUCUGCGCAACCGCAGCACAGCCAAUAUGCGUCACAUUUAGCUUGACGACUGUUUUCAAGUGGUAGAUUCCAUUUUAAGGUUGCUUAAUCAUAAUAUUCUAAAUGUUUUUCAAAUUUAAUACAAAUUGGUAUAAAAUAGAAAACUUAGCUUACGAUGCGUUCUUGUAUUCAUUUUGACUUUUAAGUAGUGGCCCCACCCUAACACUAUUCAUGCAUCCUAUUAUGGGUGAUGCUAAAAUACUAUGGAUGAAGUAAUAAAAGACGUGCUCGUAUUGCAUGAAGUUAUGAA